GCGUUGGAAGUUUCUGCCGCAGACAGCAGCAGCAGUGAUUCGGCAACGCAGAGUAACAACAAAUAGCAAAACAAAUCUCUAUUUGAAUUUUAAACCAUGGCGAUGUUUUAAGCAAUGCCUUUUGAGGAGGUACAUGGAGAGGAGGAGUGCCUGGUUUAAAUUCCCUACUACUCCCAUGAAGCCAGCAGGAAGCGUCAUACCACUGUGUGUGAGGAGGACCCAGUGUCCCAUGUUGCAUUAGUGUCUGUGUGAAAUGCUGGCCUGUCUGCCAGGGCCAGGUGACCUCUCCCUCCAGCUUCUCUCACACACGCAGAUGAACACUGGACUUCAGAAAUGGGACACUACACAGAGGAUGAGAUCUGCUCAAUAUCCAACCCCUGCAGAAUUGGAUGCUUAUGCUAAGAAGGUUGCCAACAACCCCCUGACCAUUAAGAUCUUCCCCAACAGCGUCAAGGUCCCCCAGAGGAAUCACGUGCGCCGCACAGUCAACGGGCUGGAUACCUCUUGCCAGCGCUACAGCCCCUACCCCCCCUCUCAGGCCAGCGCCAAGGCCGGCCUCCUUGCCAUCAUCAAGAUGCCCGUCAUCAAGGGCAUCCUCAAAGACUUUGAUGGCAGCCGGGUACGCCUGCAACCCUCCGAGGUCAUCAUGAACCCCCCUGGCCCCGGAGGGCCAUACGCAGCAGCAGCCGCCUCGGCCAGCACUUUAAACCUACACCACCCCCCUUCCCAAGGCCAGGGCAUGCCCCGGCAGAGCCUGAACCCUCACCCUGGGAGCCAGACUCGCCCUCAGACUCUACAACAGACUCACCCCCAGCAGCAGGGUCAGUGCCAGGUCCUCAGACACCCACCCUCCAUGCCCCAGCAGCACCCAGAGCAGAGUCUGCCCAGGGCCCAGACUCUGUCCCACCCCCCAGCCCUGGGCCACCCCCAGCCUCCCUCUGGCCCCACUCUCCUGCUCCAACAGCAGCAACAACAGAACCUUCAGCAGCAGGGGCAGCCUCCUCCCGGCCUUCAGGGGGGGCGAAAGCUGCCAGACGCCGACGCGCCGCCUAACGUGACCGUCUCUACCUCAACAAUUCCUCUGUCCAUGGCCGCCGGCCUGAACCAGGGCCGCCAGCCAGACCUGAACAGCAUUGUACACCAGAUCAACCAGUUCUGCCAAGCCCGGGCCCAGGGGGCUGGGGCCACCUCAAUGUGCGAGGGCCAGAUCGCGAACCCCAGCCCCAUCAGCCGCAACCUCCUCAUCAAUGCCAGCUCCAGGUUGUCCAUGCACAGCCACCCACACCCCAACGUCUGUCCCCCCGGGCUGCCUCCACACCCCAACUGCAUCAUGUGUCCUGCGAACAAGGCUGCUGCCCCCUCUCACCCCCAAAACAACAUGGCUGCUUCUAACAUGAUGCCUGUUUACCACAAUGAUAUCAAACAGCAGCAGCAACAACAGCAUCAACAACAGCAUCAACAACAUAAUCACCAACAGCAGAUGCGCUGGAACCAGCAGCAGUUGGCUCAUCUACAGCACAUGCAGCAGGAUGGCGGGGGCCACCCCUGCAAGCACCCCUCUCACAUGGGCUACCUCCCAGAGCUGUGUGUGGGCCAGCCAUACAGCCUGAAGCCUCCUAUAGAGAAGCCCACCCCCUCUCCCCCCAACAACAACAAUGGCAUGCCUGGGGGUCCACUGGCCCACUACACCAGUGGUGGCCACUAUUUCCAACAACACGCUGUGUGGAACAGCAGUAUCCUGCCAACGCCCAACAGCGACAGCUCCGGGUCUCAGGACCUGUCCAUGCCAUUCCAUGGUGGGCCCCCAGGGGGCUCCACCACCCUAGACUGCGGUGGGCCCCCUGGGGGAGGCCAUUACAGGCCCGGAGCGAGCUCCUCCUCCUCCGGCCAGACUAGUCUGGUGCAAACGGCAGAUUACUUGGGCGGGGACUUCCAGACGCCCUGCUUCCGAGAUCACAAUCUGGGGCUGAUGGGAAAGAUGCACAGGCCUCCCAUGAACAGGGUGGGGCCCGAGGUUGGCCCCGGGGACGGCAGAACCGCUCACAUCCAACACCCAGGGUACAGAUAAGAUAAGCUACGGCCGGUCUUGUCUACACAGCAGUUAUCGAAAACCUUCUUUUAGUCUUAAAGGAAAAAUAUGAAAUAUAAUUAAAUUAAUAAAUUAAGUAAAAAUUUCCGCUAACAUUAAAAAGAGGACAAAUUAAUAUAUAAUAAAGAGCAGUGUUGGUUUUUCUUUUUCUUGGAGUCUAUCUUGCAAGUGAUCAGUUGAUUUUGUAAAUGAGUGCUUUCACUAGGCACCCUCUAGAGAGCAUUUCUUAUGUGAUUGUCAUCAUUCCCUACCUUUUUUCCAUCCUACCUGUCUAUCAGUGUGCCUGGAUCUAAGGAUAGAGAGUUAUUUUUACUUCAGAUCUGUCAUUCCUUCAAUUUCUGCAGAGGAUGGAUGAAAACUCAUUGACGCUUCAUGGAGGAAAGUAAAAACAUUAAUUUGUUUGUUUUUACUGAGUCGUGUGGGGAUUUCUCCUCUGCGAUUAGUUUUUUUGGACAAGUGGCUAAUGUUCCCUUUUUGCGUUUACUUCUGAAACUCGUAGUGACAUCAAGAUUAAAAACCUCUUGAAAUCACCUUGCAGACGAGAUAAUGAAUGGUUCAGUGUGAAACUGAAACUAUCAGUCACUGGACACUACAAAGGACAAAGGACAUACGGAGACACAUGUACAAAGAGGCUUUUUCUUUCUUUAGAAAUGUAUUUAUUUGUGAAAUAGGACUGUUUUCUGAAUCAGGUCACUGGUCAAGGUUGAUUCCUCGCUAUCAUCAAAGUAUCUAAUCUAAUCAGGUUGAUGUUUGUACAGAGCAUAGAUAUAUACUGUAUAGACAGUGUAGACAUCUAGAUCCAGCAGGGAGCAACAUACGUGGGGACUGACUGGGGGAGCUGACCAACGCGCUCUUGCUCAAAAUGCUGCAAUGAAUUCAGGUGUCUGUUACAAACCAUUUGUCACUAAUGCCAAUUGAGAUUGGCAACAUGAUUGUGGAUUAAUAUAUUUUUAUUUUAAUGGAGUGAAAAAAAUAAUUAAUUCUGUCUGAAGCCUUAAAUGGCCAAAGUCACAUAAUUGACAAGGAAAACUUAUUUUAAAAGAUGUAAUUUUAUGUUUCCUAUCAUUUUUCGUGAACCCGAAAACAACUACUUGAAUUGUUGAAAUGCGAUGUUCUGUUUGGCAGUUGUUUAGUGAAGGCAGUGAGCUAGUUAGGUUUAGUCCUGCUAUCUACUGGAGUGAAAUAAAUAUAAUUGUUACUAAUAUAAUGUUAUUUUAGAAACUAACUAUGAACCAAAUUAGAGUUUUGAUCCUGAGUGUAUUUUGUUUUUAAUCACUAAAGCUAACUUAGUUGCUACUGAAUCUGGUAUGAAGUCUGCUGAAAAUACCAAAUUGAUCACUUGCAAGAUCACUUGGAGGUUAAAGGAAAUUGACUAACUUAAGUGAAACAGCAAAUGCGUUGUUUAUUUUAUUUUACACUGGCUUACCUACUAUACUACUGUAACUUUUUAAAGUGUAAUGAUUGUGUGAGAAUGAUGCCUGCUGAUGCAGGUUGAGCAUAGACGUGUGUGCAUGUGCGUUUUGUAUGUAUGCAGAUGUGAGUAUGUGUCUGUACGUGAGAGUGGUGGACACACUGACCUCCACUUUCUGUUCGCCUCCUUCCCUAACAGCCCUUAAAAAGCCUUAAGUAUUUGGUCCUUGGACUUUCCUUUGAAAACAUGCAUGGUUAUAACGAAAACCCAAAAUGAUGAUUAUGAGAAUGACGAUUGCAAGGAUACAUACAGAGGACCCGCAAUUUCUGUUUGUUAAUUUGCCUUUUUUUUAUGGGAGUUUAUGUUGAAUAGGAAAGGCAAUUCCUUAGAGAUUCUUCUUAAUUACGAAAACAAGAAAUGUUGUUAUAUUUUGUAAUUAUAUUUUAAUCCUACAGUGCCUUGCAAAAGUGUUCAUUCUUCUUGGAUUUCUUCAAAUUUGAUUGUGUUACAAAGUGGGAUUCAAAUGGAUUCAAUUGUUCAUUUUUUUCAACAAUCUAUGCAAAAUACUCUGUCAGUUUAAGAUUAAUAGAAAUGAAAUGACUAAAAUAUAGUCGUUGCAUAAGUAUUAAUCUCCCUGAGUCAAUACAUGUUAGAAACACCUUCGCAGCGAUUACAGCUGUGAGUCUUCUUGGGUAGGUCUCUGAGGUUUACACCUAUAUUGUGCAAUAUUAUAAACUGGUGGUUAGAGCCCUGAAUGAUGAUUGUCUGAAAGCUGUGGUAUAUCACACUGUAUACCACGGGUAUGACCCAAUUUCUUUUUUUUUACUGCUCUAAUUACACUGGUAACCAGUUUAUAAUGGCAAUAAGGCACCUUGUUUUUUUUUGGUAUAUUGGCUAUAUACCAAACCCCCCCGGGCCUUAUUGCUUAAUUAGCCCAUUAUUCUUUUCAUAAUUCUUCAAUCUCUGUCAAGAUGUUGGGGAUCAUGGCUAGACAGCAAUUUUCAAGUAUUUUUUAUAGAUUUUCAGUCAUAUUUAAGUCAAAACUGUAACUUGCCCACUCAGGAACAUUCUCUGUCAUGUUGGUAAACAGCUCGUGUACAUUUGGCCUAUUGUUAUAAGUUAUUGUCCUGCUUAAAGGUGAAUUCCUCUCCCAGUAUCUGGUGUAAAGCAGACUGAAGUAGGUUUUCCUCCAGGAUUUUGCCUGUGCUUGGCUCCAUCCCAUUUCUUUUCAUCCUGAAAAACUCCCCAGUAUUCGCUGAUGUCAACCAUACCCAUACCAUGAUGCAGCUACCACCAUGCUUGGAAAUAAGGAGGCAGUUACUCAGCGCUGUGCUGUUGGAUUUGCCCCUAACAUAAGACUUUGCAUUUAGGCCUAAGAGUAUAUUCUUUGCUGUGUUGUUUUUUUUCUUCAGCUUUUUUGCUUUGCCUUGGUGCGCACACAAGAUGAAUGUUUCGCAAUAUUUCUAUUCAGUAUAUUUGUAUUAUUUUCACUCUGUCUUUUAAGUCAUUGUGGCAUCACUACAAAGUUAUUGAUCCAUCGUCAGUUUUCUCCCAUCACAGCCAUCGAACUGUUUUUAAAAUCACUAAUGGCCUCAUGGUAACAUCCCUGAGCAGUUUCAUUCCUGUCCUGCAGCUCAGUUUAAAGGUUCACUGUAUCUUUGAUGUGUCUGGGUGGUUUAAUCCAUAAUUAUUAACUUUACCAUACUUAGCGAGAUAUACAAUGUCUGAUUUUGUUAUUGUUACCCAUCUACCAAUUACUGUCCUUGUUUGUGAGGCUAUCGAAAAGCUCCCUGCUCUUUUUAGUUGAAUCUGUACUUGAAAUUCAAUACUUGACUGAGGGACCUUACAAAAUAUAUUUAGAACCCUUGACUUUUUCCACAUUUUGUUACGUUACAGCCUUAUUCUAAAAUGGAUUAAAACAAAAGUUUUCCACAUCAAUAUACACACACUACCCCAUAAUGCCAAAGCAAAAACAGGGUUUUUAGACAUUUUCACUCAUUGAAAUUUAAAAAAUGGAUGUCACAUUUACAUAAGUAUUCAGACCCUUAACUCAGUACUUUGUUGAAGCACCUUUGUCAGUGAUUACAGCAUUGAGUCUUCUUGGAUAUGACACUACAAGCUUGGCACACCUGUAUUUGGGGAGUUUCUCCCAUUCUUCUCUGCAGAUCCUCUCUGUCAGGUUGGAUGGGGAGCAUUGCUGCACAGCUCAUUUCAGAUCUCUUCAGAGAUGUUCAAAUCCGGGCUCUGACUGGGCCACUGAAAACAUCCCCACAGCAUGAUGCUGCCACCACCAUGCCUCACCGUAGGGAUGUUACCAAGUUUCUGCCAGACUUGACGCUUGGCAUUCAGGCCAAAGAGUUCAAUCUUGGUUUCAUCAGACCAGAGAAUAGACCAGAGAAUCUUGUUUCUAAUGGUCUGAGAGUCCUUUAGGUGCCUUUUGGCAAACUCCAAGUGGGCUGUCAUGUGCCUUUUACUGAGGAACGACUUCAGUCUGGCCACUCUACCAUAAAGGCCUGAUUGGUGGAGUGCUGCAGAGAUGUUUGUCCUUCUGGAAGGUUCUCCCAUCUCCACAGAGGAACUCUAGCUCUGUCAGAGUGACCAUCGGGUUCUUGGUCACCUCCCUGACCAAAGCCCUUCUCCCCCGAUUGUUCAGUUUGGCCGGGCGGCCAGCUCUAGGAAGACUCUUGGUGGUUCCAAAUUUCUUCCAAUUGAGAAUGGUGGAGGCCACUGUGUUCUUGGGGACCUUCAAUGCUGCAAACAUUUUUUGGUACUCUUCCUCAGAUCUGUGCCUCGACACAAUCCUGUCUCGGAGCUCUACGGACAAUUCCUUCGACCAGAUGGCUUGAUUUUUGCGCUGUCAACUCUGGGACUUAUAUCGGCAGAUGUGUGCCUUUCCAAUCAUUUGAAUUUACCACAGGUCGACUAAUCAAGUUGUAGAAACAUCUCAAGGAUAAUCAAUGGAAACCGGAUGCACCUGAGCUCAUAGCAAAAGGUCUGAAUACUUGUGUAAAUAAGGUAUUUCUGUUUUUUAUUUGUAAUAAAUGUCGAAACAUGUCUACAAACCUGUUUUCGCUUCAUUAUGGUGUAUUGUGUCUCGAUUGCUGGGGAAUUGUUUUUAUUUAAACCACUUUAGAAUAAGGCUGUAAUGUAACAAAAUAUGGAAAAAGUCGAGGGGUCUGAAUACUUUCCAAAGGCACUGUGUGUAUGAGGGAAAGUGGAGGGGUUAGUCAUUUAAAAAUCAUGUCAACCCCUAGUAUUUCACACAGUGAGUCCAUGUAAAAACAAAAUUAAAUUGCCAAUUUUAUUUAUCCUGAACUAAUUUAGGCUUGCCUUGAGCAAAGGGGCUUCAUUUUUCUUCCACUUUGGCACCACAGAGAAUUUUGAGUAGAUUGUUGGAAGAAAAAACAGGACAAAUCCAUUUUAAUCCCACUUUGUAACACAAAAUGUGAAGAAAUCCAAGGGGUCUGAAUACUUCUGCAAGGCACUGUAUGUGUAGUUACUGGGCUGUAACAAACCAUUUUCCCCCCAGUUUCAAAGCUUCAGUUGUGACUUGUUUAUUAUACUUGAUUUUCUUGUUGUUUAAAAAAAUUGUCGUCUUUGUUUCCUUUACUGUUGCUGUGAAAUCCAGGAAGGCUUGAUAAGUCUUUCUUUUACAUGUCACUCUGUGGCUGUGCGAAAGAUAAAAAGGCGAGAGAGUGAGUUGUGCUACUCUUUUUGUAAUAUUGUAAUAAUAAAAUAAAGUUCUAAUUUAUGCUUAGAAAUGUGUUUUAUGGAUGUCCUGUUCUUUUGAUGCCCAAAUGCCCUUUCUCCUAUUUGAUGAGUCGUACAGAACUUGCAAAUAUGAGUAUUUGAAAUGCAUAUGCUCACAACCUUUUACUCAAUGAGAACAGAUGGAGGAAAUUGGACAUUCUUCCACCUUAUGUUUGUCUCCAAACCAUAUACCUGUCUGCUCGUUGCCCUACAAAUCUGCAUGGGUUACCCCCUGAGUGCUUGAAUUAUUUCUUUAGAUCAGACAGUAUUGCAAGUUUUUUUCCUCCAUUUGAGUCCCUGAGAUUUAAUUUCAACAGUACUGUGUGUGAAAUAAAGCUUUACCUACAUCAUCA